CAAAACAAAAUUUAAAAAAAAAUCACACUAAUCAGAGAGGGUUAUUACAACAUUUUUGGAACAUUUAGCGCGCUCGCGUUGAAGUCUUUUUUUUUUUGUUCGUUUAUUUUCCUUGUGCUGUUAUUUGUGUUUACAUGAUUUUUUUUGUGUUUUACUGGCGAGAAAAGCGUUUUGAAAAGUGCGCGAGCCAAAUGUCCACACGAUGUUUCGGCCAUAAAAAAUCGAAGCAAUGUUAUGGCUACUAUAUGUAAAAUACCAAUCGAGAGAUAAACAUAGUUCGUCGCUAAAGUACGCCAAGCUAAUUGCGAGCAAAUAUCCGAGUACAAAACCUUCGAAAAACGAGAAAUUACAAUGGCAGCUUGGCCAUUUGAGGAUAAAUAAUGCAACUGGCUGGCGAUAACGAGGCUGGCAGCAUGCCCACCAUCAGAACCACAACUACAAGCAGCAACAGCUUCUCGCAAGGAAUCGCUCGCAAGGCGGCCGUAACCGCUGCAACAACGAGCAAAGCUCGACUCAUUUCCAUAGUGGAGGCGGAAUCGCCCCUGGGCGGCGACGUUCGAUUACCGAGCAUGGAAAAUAGCACCGCCAUGACAACCACAGCGAUAACCACAGCAGCAACAGCGACAGCAACGGACCUGAGCCCGACUCGUGUGUUAAGUACGAGCAUUGAGGCAACCACAGCGGUCGGCAUGGACACAAUUAAGGCGGCAACAGAAUCCGGACUCACAACCGCAUCUAGCACCAGCAUCCCAGCAUGGAACUCGUCCUUCAACUCAGCCUCGGCCAACAACUAUGACAACUGCUCAGCAAUGUUUGCCAAUUACACACAGCCUCAGACAGUCAUCUACUGCAACUGGACUUGGGACUCGCUUCUCUGCUGGCCACCAACGCCCGCUGGAGUCCUCGCCCGAAUGAACUGUCCCGCUGGCUAUCAUGGCGUCGAUACACGCAAAUUCGCGAAUCGGAAGUGCGAGCUGGAUGGCCAUUGGGGCGGACGACCCAACGAGACCGAACCGAGUCCUGCCGGCUGGACGGACUACGGGCCCUGCUACAAGCCGGAGGUCAUCAAACUAAUGCAGGAAAUCAAGGAUGUUAACCUCUACAUUGAUAUAGCACAGCGGACACGGACACUGGAGAUCAUUGGACUAUGCCUGUCCCUGCUCGCGCUCAUCAUCUCUCUGGUGAUAUUCUGCGCGUUUCGGUCGCUGCGCAACAAUCGCACCAAAAUACACAAGAACCUGUUCAUCGCAAUGGUGUUGCAGGUGAUUGUGCGACUGACCCUCUACCUGGAUCAGUUUCGGCGCGGCAAGCCGGAAGCAGCUACCAAUACAAGUCUAUCGGCUAUCGAGAAUACGCCAUAUCUAUGCGAGGCAUCCUACGUACUACUCGAAUACGCACGCACCGCCAUGUUCAUGUGGAUGUUCAUCGAGGGUCUCUACUUGCACAACAUGGUCACCGUGGCUGUAUUCCAGGGUAGCUUUCCGCUGAUCUUCUUCUCGCUGCUCGGCUGGGGCAUGCCCGUUGUGAUGACCUUUGUGUGGGUGCAAUGCACGGCCAUCUUUAUGGACACAGCCCUGGGCGAUUGCAUGUGGAACUACAAUCUGACCCCCUACUACUGGAUACUGGAAGGACCACGCCUGGCCGUCAUCCUGCUAAACUUCUUCUUUCUGGUGAACAUCAUACGCGUGCUGGUGGUGAAGUUGCGCCAGUCGCAGGCUAGCGACAUCGAGCAGACCCGCAAGGCAGUCCGGGCGGCCAUAGUGCUGCUACCUUUAUUGGGAAUUACGAAUCUACUGCACCUGGUGCCGGCACUGAAGACAGCUUGGAAGUUCGCCAUAUGGAGCUAUGUGACCCACUUUCUGACCUCCUUUCAGGGCUUCUUCAUAGCGCUGAUCUACUGUUUCCUGAAUGGCGAGGUGCGCGCUGUGCUGCUCAAGAGUCUGGCCGUCUGGAUGUCGGUGCGCGGGCAUCCGGAGUGGGUCCCGAAGCGUGCAUCCAUGUACUCGGCCGCCUACAACACAGCGCCGGACACGGAGGCACCGGCCCAGCAGACGGUCGACGCGCUAUCCUCCAGCUUGCGGAUCUCGCCGCAGAACAGGCGCCUCAAUAGCCGCAAGGCCAGCAGCGUGAUCAUCGUCAUUGCGAAUGAGCCACAACGCCAGCGAUUUGUCCAGCAGCGCAACAACAACAACACGGCCAACAGCAAUCAAGGCAAGGACGAACCGGCGAGUGGCUCAGCAAGGAUUAGAGGCAAGGAGGCACCAGAUGCUCGCAACAAUGGCAAUUGGAAGUUUAGCCUGUGCUUUCGCGGCCAAAAGGUACUGAGAGUACCGCCAGCGUCAUCCGUACCACCCGAGUCAGUUGUAUUUGAGUUGUCAGAGCAGUAGGCCAAAAAUGUAGUUCUAGCCAACUAUAUAUAGAAACGUAGCAACCCCGUAGCGCAACCCCCAUCCACUUAGAGUCUAGCCGCAACUUUAGUCCGAAACUCAACAACCUUUCAGUCUACUUGCACAGAACAACCCAAUUAACAUCCGCCCGAACUAUGCUAGAGAUGGGCGCAUGUCGUGCCACAAACACGACCAAGUACGAUCUGAUAUCUCGAUCUGUCAUGCAGACAUAUGUAUGUCCUGUUAUCUCGUAUCCAAAACUCUCGUGUUCGGUAGCCUCAAUAUGCGCCCAUCUCGAGAUCUUGAGCUCGUUGUAUGCUGUAAAAAUCGCCUCGCUGAAUUUGUCUUAAGCACGAAACACGCUUAGCUCGAGUUGAGUCUAUCAAAGCGACAGUUCACUGUAGUCUAUUUCACAUAUAUAUAUCCUUUACACUCAUAUGCUUGACUCCGAUCUGCGCACCUGAAAAAACCCUCAAGAUCGCCAGCAUCAACAGGUCCCUAGAAAUUCUUCUACUGCUCACAUUCAAAUCAGAUCCAGUAAAUUGGCCUAGGAUCUUGGCUAGCAUGUCUAUCAAACCAAGGAAACUCCAAAUAUUUCAUCAAACAUAAUUCCAACUCUUCCAAGAAAUCAGUGUGACCGAAGCAUCAUCAGACAAUACCAAAAAUUC